AUGAUAAUUCGAAUACUCGAUUUGGGUUACAACGAAAUUACACACGUUGAAAAAAAUGCUAUCACCGACAUGCCAAACUUGGAACAGAUUCUGUUGUCUCGAAAUAAAAUUGUUAAAUUCCAUGCUAAUUCUUUCGUGAAUACUCCAAAAAUCUGGAUUCUUGAUCUGCGGUACAAUGAGUUGUGUGAACUGGGUGAAAAGUGGUUCAGUUGUAUGAAGAAAGAAGAACCCCUGAUCAUAGAGUUGGGGCACAAUAACAUUGAAAAAAUACAUCCUAGAACCUUCGAUGGAAUCAGCAUUUGGUAUAUGGAUUUAAGUCACAAUAAACUGAAUGAAGUUCCAGGAGAAAUGUUUACAGGAAGCUUGGCUGAGUUGAAGCUGACUAACAACACAUUAGAACAUCUACCGGAUUCUUUUUUCCAACAGAAAGAUUUGAAAGGUCUCAAUAUUGGCGACAAUCCUCUCCAGUGUGGUACUUUACAAAAAUUGAAGAAGUUUGCUGAAACAAAUGGCGCGAUAAUAGAAUAUGACAACCAGAAAUGUUAA